AUGACGGACUCGACCAACGGCGCCGCCGCGCCGCCGAAGAAGCGCUCGUUCGGCUUCAAGAAAGCAGCAUGGCAGACUGCGCCCAAGAACGACGCGCAGGACCUGUUCAGCCAUUCGAACGAGUUCCAGGAUAUUGUCGCCGAGGAAGAAAAGCGCAGGACUGAGCAGAAGAAGGCGGAGGAGGCACAGAAGCGGAAAGUUGAGAAGGAGCGAGAACUCAAGAAGAGGAAGUUAUCGGUUGAGCGUGACGAGGGAGUGCGGGCGAGAUGCUCACCAAGGGGCCAUAGGGUGGCCCGCAAAGGGCGAAGCAAGACGCCAAUGUCCCCUACUCGUCGCGACUCCACUUCGACCCUCGCGACACGCUACGAUUCUCUCACUAAGUCAUCGAGCAGCUCUGUGGGCGCGGCAAAUAAGUCUGAAGUCAUAGAUCUGGAUGAAACCGACGAUGAGGACGAUUUCCCGCACAAUCCGUCCCCUAGCCCGCGAACAAUACCAAUACACUCGCGACAAGAGAUUCGACGAGAGUCCUCAGAAGAGGUUGAGGAGGUAGAUAGCCCGCAUAUCGCUGCCCUCAGGGCGCAAAUGCGAGCAAAAUCUGCUGCCAAAUCUCCAGACAGCGAACAGAUACCCGCAGUAUCGUCUAGCUCUCAAACCGCGAAGCCUUCAGCCAUCGUCCAGCUACUCAUCAUCUCAGAGAUUCCUGACACGAAGCCUUUGAUGGUUAAAAUCAGGACAACCGAUGCUCUUGCAAAGCCCAAGGAAGCCUGGAUACAACGGCUAGGUAUCCGCGUAGACAAUGGCUUCGUGACCGUCGAAGGAGACCCUACCAUCUACGAUGAUGACAACUUGCCGAAGAUCCACGUAGAUGCAUGGACAGAAGAGAUCUUCAAGGCACGGAAGGAGGCUGACGCUUUGGAGACCGCGAGAGCCGCUGAGGCUGCAAACUCUGUCGAGGAGCUGGACACGGAGCCCGAGCCCGAACCUCAAACUCAUCAGAUAAAAUUGGUUCUAAAGGCGAAGGGCAUGGAUGACUUUAAAAUCAAGGUUCAUGCGCACACUGAGAUUGGCCACCUUGCAAACGCGUACAAGAACGGGAUGAAAAUACCGCAAUCGCAACCUGUUACGCUCAUGUUCGAUGGCGAUCGGCUGAAGCCCAUGGACACUGUGGCGGACGCGGACAUUGACGAUAUGGACGUUAUUGAGGUGCACUUCAAGUGA